UCAGGCAUGUUGAAGUCAGAGUAAUGAGAGUACUCCGUGGGCGUGGCCAAAGUCUCCGCCUUCGGUCCGUGUGCCAACUAUUACCACAGAAAUCAACAGCUCCUGCACUUGUACCGACCGUCGUUCAAGUUUGUGCAGACAUGCGUGUGGCAGUGAUUGGAGCUGGAGUCAUAGGCCUGUCCACAGCUCAGAGCAUAUAUGAGCAGUACCACUCCAUUGUAAGUCCACUGACCAUUGAGGUGUAUGCAGACCGCUUCACUCCACUGACCACAAGUGAUGGAGCUGCUGGUUUUUGGCAGCCGUACCUCUAUGACAAGGGCAAUGUCCAGGAAACUGAAUGGAAUAAAGAGACAUUUGACUACUUGCUGAGCUUUCUGAGUUCACCAGAGUCUGUAAAAAUGGGUAUAUUCCUUCAGUCUGGAUACAAUGUCUGCACUGAACCAGCACCAGAUCCCACAUUUAAAGACAUUGUCCUGGGCUUCAGACAGCUCACAGAGCGAGAGCUGCAGCUAUUCCCUGGAUACACUUAUGGGUGGUUCAACACAGCUCUGAUGGUGGAGGGAAAAACGUACUUACCUUGGCUUAUGGACUGGUUGCAAAAAAGAGGUGUGAUGUUUUAUCACAGGAAAAUAGAGUCCUUUAAGGAGCUGGCAGAAAGUGGGGCAGACGUGAUAAUAAACUGCAGUGGGAUAAGAUCAGGUGAACUCCAGCCUGACCCUGAGCUUACACCAGGCCGAGGUCAGAUAAUCAAGGUGGAUGCUCCAUGGCUGAAGCACUGGAUUCUUACACACAAUUUUAAACAAGGAGUGUAUAAUUCACCCUACAUCAUUCCAGGGAGUCGUCUUGUAACUGUUGGUGGAGUGUUCCAAAUAGGAAACUGGAGCGAACAGAACAACUCCACCGACCAUAAGCAUAUUUGGGAAGAGGCUUGUAAACUUGAGCCAAGUCUCAAACAUGCCAGAAUAGUGGAGGACUGGUCUGGGCUAAGACCUGUCCGCAGCAAAGUCAGGUUGGAGAGGGAGACCAUCCAGUGUGGGCCAUCUUCUGUAGAGGUAAUCCACAACUAUGGACAUGGAGGUUUUGGACUCACUAUACAUAGAGGCUGUGCCCAGGAAGCAGCUAGGUUAUUUGGUCAGAUCGUGCAACAGAAAGGAAAGGGGCCGAAAAGUCGCCUGUAAAUAUGUACAACCUCAAAAGUCAGCUAGACACAUGCAAUAAUAUCUGUGAUUAAUACUGAAAGACAACUUAUUCCAUAUCAUUAAUCAUUCUCACUUCCAAAUAAUAAAUUCACACUCAUGUAACAGUAUGUAAAAUGAAAAACCACUAUUCUUUUUGAAACAUUAUUUUUUACUUGAGUAUCAUACACAUUUACAUCCAGUGCAUUGACAAGAAUCUGUGCACACAGACACUUAAUGCAGCACUACCAUAUGUUUCAAAUACUGGCGGGUAAGAGUCAGUGUACUAGUUGUAGAAUCUGAAUGGGCAGUCUGCCUCCACGUCAGCUCUGAUACAAACAAAAGCAAAGACAACAACUAAACAAGGUAUUGGUACAUUAUUUACAGAAUGUAACAUUGUGCUAAAUGGCUGUUUAAGCAUGUGUAGGUCUAAGUGUUUAACGCUGCACAGCAAUAGAUGGGUUGAAGAUCCUAACACCAUAUACUUAUACUGAUGCCAAUAUUUUCAGACAUAUGUUCUUAAUACCUAGGUUGAAUUAGCUUUGGUAAUGAACACUUUAAAUGUCCUAAUGCUUGCAGGUAACUUACAUAAUAAGUCUUUAAAUGCACUCUGAUUUUUGUAAAUUACACAUUGUUAUCAAAUUAGGAAAUUCUGAGGAAUUUCAAUGAUGUCUCAGAUGAAUUUUUCUGCAGAUUUGUUAGAUAGGUAUAAAUAAAAAGUCAAAUAAUCAAAGAUUGAAGUGACCCUUGUCUUUGUUACAGAAGAAACCCCUGUCUUUUGUCUGCUUCUUUGGGGAAAACAACCACACUGUGACACUUGAGUGUUCUGGUCAUUCACAUGAAAACACAACAAAAUGGGCAUUUAUACACCAUGGA